CAAAAAAAAAAAAAAAAAUCAACUCAUCCUAUAUUCUCCAAUUCAUACCAAAAAAAAAAAGAAAUAAAAGCAUGCUAAGCCUCCCCAUAAUCCAACAAUUUCACAAGCAUCAUGUUCUAAACCUUGAAUUACAUGUUCUCUCCAAUUUUUAUACGGAGUACCCCGCAUUCUUCAUUAGCUCUGCACAAACAAACAAGAUUACUGUUCCCGAAAUUUUCUCUCUCCAAUCUCUAAAGGACAGCUUGUCUUCUAUUUCUUGAUUAAAUACCACAUCUCUAUUUUGCGUUACCUGGAAUUUUUUUUCCUAAAUCAUCAAUGAUUUAGUUGUGAAUUUUACUUUUGAAUUUCCUAAAAUUUCUUCUUUUACUGUCAUAAUUGCUGGAUUGGAUUUGUUUUUCAUUGGGGGUUGCUUCAAUAUCACUCCAACUUUUCUGGGUGUUCUGAAUUCUGCUGAUUGAUCAGAGGAGGACUCUCAAAUAUAGGAACAGGGUUGUGGUAGGAAAGUGAUCCUAUACAUACUAUAGCUACUUGGGCAUGGAGCCACAUAGUAAUGAUGUGAACCACAAUGAUGAAGAGAAUGAUGUGGAAAACCUUGGUGAAUCGGAUGGCAGGGAAGAAGAGAAAUGGUCAACCUUGUCGGAGAGGAACAUGUCGAUGAGGAUGCCACUUCUGAGAAAAAGGACAAAUACUACCUCGCAGAUUGCUGUUAUCGGUGCCAAUGCCUGUCCCAUUGAGAGUCUUGACUAUGAGAUGAUUGAAAAUGAAUUGUUUAAGCAAGAUUGGAGAGGAAGAAAAAAGGUUCAAAUAUUUCAGUAUGUGUUCCUAAAGUGGGGAUUGGCUCUCCUCAUUGGUCUUACUACUGGACUUAUUGGCUUCUUCAACAACAUUGCAGUUGAAAAUAUAUCUGGUUUCAAAUUGUUGCUCACUAACAAACUCAUGCUUCAGGGAAGUUACUUCAAGGCUUUUCUUGCAUUUGCUGGAUUGAAUAUAACGUUUGCUGCUGCUGCCGGAUCACUUUGUGCCUUUUUGGCUCCUGCUGCUGCGGGAUCUGGUAUCCCUGAGGUCAAAGCUUAUCUUAACGGUGUUGAUGCUCCCUCAAUCUUGGCUCCUAGCACACUCUUUGUAAAGAUCUUUGGUUCUGUUCUUGGUGUUUCUGCUGGGUUUGUUGUUGGUAAGGAAGGCCCUAUGGUUCAUACUGGGGCUUGCAUCGCCAAUCUACUUGGUCAGGGUGGCUCUCGCAAGUAUGGUUUGACCUGGAAUUGGCUCAGAUAUUUCAAGAAUGAUAGAGACCGGCGAGAUUUGAUCACCUGUGGUGCUGCAGCUGGAGUGGCUGCUGCUUUUCGUGCUCCUGUUGGUGGUGUACUUUUUGCCCUUGAAGAAGCAGCCUCCUGGUGGCGGAGUGCUCUUCUUUGGAGGACAUUUUUUACCACAGCUGUAGUUGCCAUAGUUUUGAGAAGCUUAAUCCAAUAUUGUUGGAAUGGGAAAUGUGGUCUGUUUGGUCAGGGUGGGCUAAUCAUGUAUGAUGUCAGUAAAGAGGUCUCAAGUUAUGGUAGUUAUGAUAUCCUGGCUGUGAUAGUUCUUGGACUUAUCGGAGGUGUUCUGGGCAGCUUUUAUAAUUAUCUUGUUGACAAGGUCCUCCGCACUUACAGCGUCAUUAAUGAAAAAGGUCCGUCCUUCAGAGUUUUGCUUGUUAUAAUUAUAUCUGUCCUGACAACAUGCUGUGCCUUCGGCCUUCCAUGGCUCGUAAGUUGCACUCCAUGUCCUACAGAUACAACGCACGAGUGCCCAACUAUUGGUGAAAUCGGGCAUUACAAAAGCUUUCAAUGUCCACCUGGCUCCUACAAUGAUCUUGCUUCCCUCUUCCUCACCACAAGCGAUGAUGCUAUACGCAAUCUUUUCAGCAACACAAUCAUAAGAGAAUUUCAGAUGUCUUCACUCUACAUAUUCUUUGUUACAAUUUAUUUCCUUGGGAUCAUCACUUAUGGGAUUGCAGUACCCGCAGGACUAUUCAUACCUGUAAUUUUAGCCGGAAGUGUUUAUGGUCGUAUUGUAGGUAGAGUCUUUCACUCUGUGUCAGUGCUUGAUACGGGUCUAUUCUCUCUACUGGGAGCUGCCUCAUUUCUCGGGGGUACAAUGAGAAUGACAGUCUCUUUAUGUGUGAUACUGCUUGAGCUUACCAAUAAUCUAUUACUUCUUCCCCUUGUGAUGAUAGUUCUCCUCAUAUCUAAAUCAGUGGCUGAUUGCUUCAACCGUGGUGUAUAUGACCAAAUAGUGAAACUAAAAGGGUUGCCAUAUUUGGAAGCUCAUGCAGAGCCUUAUAUGAAGCACUUGGUGGCCUGCGACGCUGUUUCUGGUCCAUUAGUCACUUUUUCAGGUCUGGAGAAGGUGGAAACUAUUGUGCAUGCUUUGCAAAGUACAGGGCAUAAUGGUUUUCCUGUUAUUGGUGAACCACCUUUCUCAGAGUCACCCGAGUUGUGUGGAUUGGUUCUGAGGUCACAUCUGCUUGUUUUGCUGAAGGCAAAGUAUUUCUCCAAAGAGAGGAGGCUUUCGGGUAGAGAUAUCUUAAAUAAGUUCUCUCCCUCUGACUUUGCUAAGCCUGGGACCGGUAAAGGGCUCAAGUUGGAGGAUAUAUCUUUAACAGAGGAAGAGAUGGAUAUGUAUAUUGAUCUUCAUCCAAUAACUAAUGCUUCUCCAUAUACUGUGCUUGAGACUAUGUCGUUGGCCAAAGCUAUGAUUCUCUUCAGGCAACUUGGACUGAGACAUAUGUGCGUCGUACCAAAGAGUCAAGGGAGACCUCCAAUCGUUGGAAUUUUAACGCGACAUGACUUCAUGUCUGAGCAUAUACUUGGACUCUACCCCCAUAUGAGGCAGCACAAGUAAAAUUAUCCAUGGAGAUCUCAAUGUCCGGUGGAUAUUCUGGCUUCUCAUUUAUUCAGCUAUUCUUUUUUCCCAUUUCCCCCCCUAUUUGUCGAAGCAUGUGAAGUGUCGCGACAUUUGAAGUUGGUUUGGAAUUAAGAGACAUAUCAAGUGUCCGCCUGGAAUUUAGGAGGACUGCGUUUUCAAGCAAGGAUGACGGUUGAUUGGUGUCUCACACUCCUAUGACGUGAAUAUUCAUCAUAAUUUCUAUUACUUCAACUUAGGAGUGUUAAAAAAAUUUCAUCAGAAAAUAGGCUCCUAUGAUCAUGCUUAUGGCUUGGGAGAUUUUUUACAUAAUACUGGAAUGUUAAUAAUGAAGUUUUGUUUUCAAUUUUCUGAGGGGUAGGGAUGAUGAGAGCCUGAGAGGUUCAUUCAUAUUCACAGAAUCUGUACCUGAAAAUUUUCAUUUUUUUUUUUUUGAUAUUUAAAUAUAUAUAUUGUCUGUAAAUUUCAAGACAGAAUUUUCCUAAAUAAUUAGUUAAUUACUGGUAUCUUAAUAUCAGUGCCUUGUUA